UGUUUGUGAGAUCUGUUCAAUUUUAAAUUGGAAUUUUAUGAAUGUAUGUAACGGUCAAUGUUGUAUAGUUUUGUAGUUCGAAAAAUAUUAUUUAUUAAGAUAAAAAGACAUACUUCAUGUGAAUUAAUUUGAUAUAAUCUCAAUUAAUUUAGAAGUUUAUUAACAUUUGCUUAAUAAAUAUAACGUUAUUUCAAUGAAGAAAUUGAUAUUGGAUAUUACAUACAAUGUAGAAUAGGGUUUAAACAACAGUUAUUAUAGUAAUUUUAUUGAUAUAUAAUUACUAUAUUUGAUAUAAACAACUCAUACAAUGGAUAAUUAUUGUGCUCCACAGUGGGUAGAUUUUACAUCUAGUCCACAAGUACCAUCUGAUGAUUAUUUCGAUAAAUAUCAUGACAUCUACGAAUCUAAAUUAUGUACUAAAGAAUACCAGAGUACCAAAUCAGCUAAGAAGAUAUCUGAAGUUAUUGAAACACCCAACAAAUCUGUGCAAUCGCAAAAUAGAUAUUUUAUAAAAUCUAUGUCAACUGAAAAUUUACAAACAGAAAUAGAUAGUCUCAAGAGUACACCGAUAAAAGUAAUAUAUCCUUCACCGUAUAAUAAUAGUAAACAUAAAGUUAUAAAACAAGUGAGUUAUGAAAAUAUUUUGAAUGAAGCUAUGCAAAAUGUUCAGCUUUGUGAAGAUUUAUGUAAUGAUAAAAAGGAUAUAGAUGUAUCAUCGACAGAAAUCAUAUUUAAGAAGCCAAUACCAAUUAAAAGUAAAACUUCCUUCAAGCCUGUGAAGAUUCGUGAAAUAGAAAAUAAUUCUGCAUUGGUUUCAACCAAUAAACAAAUGCAAGAUAUUGAAAGAAAUAUACUUAAAGAAGAAACAAAAAAUGAAUCUUUAUUUGGCAAUGAUAUGUUUAAACCAGACACAAGUUCAUCAAUAAAAGUUAUGAAAGAUUUUAGUAAGGCAUCAAAAAUUGAUGAUCAUUUAAAAUGUAACAUACAGCAAAACAAUGACUUGAAAAAUGAUCGCUCUAAAAUAAAAUUAAAUAACAAAAAUUUUAAAUUGAAGUCUUCUGGUUUAAAACAACAAUCUUCUAUGAAACAAAAAUGUUCAACUACAAAGAUAAAUACACAUAAUAGACCUGUUGUAACUCUUAGUCACAAAGAUCAAGAAAAAUCCAAACUUAUACAAGUGAAGAAGAAUCAAUCAGAAACAAAAUUUGUGCGUACUAACUCUGCAGAUUCUUCAACUUCACAUAAUAAAAUUACACAGAAAAAUAUUAGAGUUGCAAAUGCAGAUACUACAGUUAAACAGACUCAUAAAUCUUAUUCUUCUUUUUCCAAAGAAGGAAAACUAUUUUGUCAAAAGAAUAAUGCAUCAAAAAGAAUGGUUACUACAAUUGUAGGUAAUACUGGAUCAGAACUUAUAAUUAAAAAAGAAAAAAUUCUAUUUUUCGAUAUUCCUAUACAUACUAAACAAAAAAAGAUUACAUGUCCAGUACCCUUCAGUUUUGAACAUCGUGAUAAAAUUAAAAAGCAAUUAAAACUAGAUCAAUCAGAAUCCAAAUGUAUUAAAUCAAAAUCAGUCCCUAAUCUAAAAUUAUUAGAUAUUAAUAUGCCUCAAAAAAUGCCAAAUAAGUUAUUUGAUACAGGAAAAAAACCUCUCAUGAGUUCUUGUAGUAGCAAAGAAAUUAAUGACAAAAAUAAAAAUAAACAAUUUGAAGGAAGUAAAAAAAGUAGUACUGCUUACAUACAUUCAUUGCCUCCACAUAAAUUAGUGAAGACUAUUGAUCCAAUGAAAAAUAAAAUUGAGAAGAAGAAAAUUCAAGAUAGUCAAAAUAAAAAGGAUGCAAUUCAGGCAAAAAAAUCACUUGCAUCUGUUUCUUGUAAAAAUAUUCAAAUUAAUACAAAUUUAAAAAUUAAGAAACAGGAGAUGCUAGAAGUAAAUAAAAAAUGUAUUGAGAAAGAAAAUAGACAACCUAAUAUUAAUAUGUCUGUUACAAAUAAUAGUACUUUAAAUCAGAGCAAAGGAAUUAAGUUAAAAAGUACUGUGUUUAAAACUAAUGUCGAGGAGAGAGAAAAACAACGUCGUGUAUUAGAAGAUAAGAUGAAGCAAAAGAAAAUUUUACAAGAGGAGAAGAUUAAAAAAGAAAAAGAAGAAAAGGAAGCAAAUGAAAAAUUGGAAAUAGCAAAACUUCGAAAACAAACUGAAAUAAGAGCUAGACCAAUGCCAGUAUAUAAACCACUUAUUCGUGUCAAAUCUACAAAACCUUUAACUAAACCACAAAGUCCAGCAUGGUCAAGUAAGAGGAGAGUAAAAUCAACUUUGUAGAUUUUUUCACAUGAUCAUACUAAUCAUUUAUAAUCCAUAGUUUAUAUAAUUUAUUAUUCAUCUGGGGGUCAUUAUAUGGAUAUUAAUCACUUAUUGUACAAAUGUAAUUAUGUAAAAGAAUUAACAAACGAAUAAUGCAUAAGAUUUUGUAUUAGUAGACAUUUCCAUAUAUAUAUAUAUAAGAGAUAUAUAUAUAUAUAUAUAUUUAGUUUUUAUAAUCUUUAUAUAAGUUUAUGGUAUGUCUAACAAAUUAUUUGUUCGUUUGUGUUUUGUCACAUAUUAUUUCUUCAUUGGAGGGACGAACAGAAGCAGUUAUUUCCAUAAAUUUGUCAAAUGGACAUAACACUUGACAAUUUGGUAUUUGGAGUUCUAUUGCUUUUGACGGAAUGCCUGUGUAAUGAACAAUCUAAAAAUAACAUUAAUUAAAAAAAUAAAAGUAAAAUGAAUAUGAUACUGAUAUUGAAAAUAUUUACAAAUAAGUGUCUUAAAAUUAAGUACCUUAACAUAAUAAGUCUGAUUACUUUGAAGCAAUUCUAAUAUAACAGCACUGGAAUACUUUGGAAUAUGUGGUUUAUACACAUUUAAAACAUUUAACAUACUACCAAUAUUUGUUUCGUGACCACUAUAUAAAUUCAUCUUUCUUUUUAUUAAUUUUCCAUUUUUAACAGCUAACAUAUCUUCUACCAUUUUUUGAAGUAAUGGACCUAAAAUAUAAAUCUAUAUUAAUUUUCAAAUUUACUUUUAUAUCAUGUAUGUUUGUAUACCUCCAGAAAGUCUUUUCAAUUUAGUAUUUGAAUUAGAAACUUCAUAAGAGUAAAUGAUGCCAUCUUUCAGUUGGCCAUCUGGAAAUACAGAGCGGGUCCAUUCAGGCAAGGGAAGAUUCAUCAUCCAUUCUGCCAUAAGAAUAUUAUAUAAAGAAUACAUAUCUAAAGGAGUGCUAAUAUUUUUACCACUCCACUUUGUCAAAUUGGAGUUCAUUUCACUAAAUUCAUUCAUCUUCUGUAUAACUUCAGGUGUUUUUAAAACUCUUUGGUAUUCUUCUAUAUAUCUAUAAAUAGUCAAAUCUAAGAUUUUAUAAGAGUUAAAUGCAAAUUUAUUAGCAUAAAAUUUAUACUGUUUAAACAUACGAAGGACAAUCCAUAGGUAAUAAGAUAUUAUCUUCAAUCCAAGGAACAUAUGUAAUAGGUAUUGGUUGCCAAUUUAAAUCAUAAUUCCAUUUUUGAAUAUUUUUAGGCGGGAAUAAUCCUGCAAGAACAAGUAAUAACGACAUUUUUGUUCUCGAAUAAUCUGUAGUGUGGGCUUUUAUCAGUUCUGGUGUAUAAAUGUCAUUUAAGAAGUUUCUAUAUCUUGAUCUGAGAAAUUUUCCAAAUUCAUACGCACGUUUUUUACCAUUCUGAAAUAUGUAAAAAUUUAUAUUUUUUGAAUAUUACAUUUUAUAAAUACUA